UGUCAUCAUUGGGGCAAUAUUUGUGUUAAUUGGUACAUAAUAGUGCAAUAAAACCCAAAUUUGGGUUUGGAAUUGUCGUAGUGACUCGUUGUGAUAACGAAAAGUUGUCCAGUUGAGCCACAGUAGAGUUUGCGUUGUUUCCGUGUCGCUCGACGAGUCGCACAUGUUAUAAACAAUUACAAAAAAGAGAAAGUUUUCUGCACAUUUAUUAUUGUUGGAGAGCGUCGUGGGUUGACAGUGAUGUACCUUUUCAAGUUUUUUUGACCGUUUUUUGUGUGUUGAACUGACUGCAAUGGAGGUAGUAACCGAAAUUUAGUGUUUGCGGUUAUUACGUCGCACCAUGGGGCUGAUUUACUCCAGUAGUAGCAUAGUGGACAACGUAACGAAUUACAUUUCUGGGAGGAAGCGAAAAUAUUCGGAUUCGGAAGACGAUGAAGUUAACAAAGUCAUAGACAUUGCUUUACACACACCAAAAAGGAAAAAGCUAGUGAGCACUGCACAGUACAUUUAUCAGGCGCUGUUUGAAGAGGGGAAGAAUUCGGACAUAACAGUAUGUGCCUUGGGAGAAGAGUUCUAUUUACACAAGAUUUACUUAUGUCAGAGCCCCUAUUUUGCGAGCAUGUUUGGGGGCUCGUGGCUGGAAGCUACCAAAAAGUAUAUUCAUAUCGAUGUAGUGGAUCCACUUAUUACAAUCGACUCACUGAAAGUGGUAUUUGGGUCCUUGUACAACUGUGAGAUAACUCUUAAUCCAUUACAAAUCGUUUCAACGCUGGCGACAGCCACCAUGUUCCAACUCGAUGGAUUAAUUGAAAAAUGUACGGAAGUGAUGUUAGAAACAAUAAAUCCGAAGUCUUCUUUGGAGUACUAUAAUGCGGCAUGUCAGUACGGUGAUAAGAAAUUGCAAGACGUGUGCUUCAAAUGGUUUUUAGUAAAUUUAAUGACGUAUUACUUUAGUCAUCCUGUAGUUAAUUUAAAAAGCAUUCCUAUACCUCUUAUGACGAAGCUUGUAGCACAUCCCGAUUUAUUUGUGAUGCAGACUGAAUAUUCCAUUUAUGUAUUACUCAAGUAUUGGGUUUAUAUACUUACACAUCCGGAAAUGGGCGACGAGACUCCGAGUAGUAAAGAAGUGAACAAUUUUUUCUGUUCGAGAAAAAACGAGAUGCCAUAUCUUUUGACUGACGAGGGACGAAAAUUUGUGCCAGUUUUCCAAGGUCUUCGAAUACCAAACUUAAUUUCGCACCAAAUGGACGUAGAGUUAGUUCUUCACGAUAAUAUCAUACCGCACAGUUGGCUGAAUCCGGUGGUUUUGCAGCAGUGGAAGCAGGUCUUGAGAGUCAACCAAAACGACGAUAAGGGCCCCAGCGAAGUCUCAAACGAGUUAUUCCUGGAGACUAGUCUCAGGUGUGGCAGGAUUUUGAUGGUGAACGAGCGACAUGUGUGGAGGUGGACCGGAUUCCAUUUCGGAAUGGAUUUACUCAUGAUGACCGAUGGCUACACGGUCUCUGUCAAAAGAAACCACAGGUCGGAGUUCGAGCAACUGUUAAGCUUCCAAACCUCGAGACAUAUAGCUAUAAGGGUAACCGUUGUCAAAUUGAACGAGCAAAGACAGAUAGUUUACUCCAAGCAGUCAGAGAUCCUAAAACUGAGCCUUGCCAAAGGGGAGGAGGUGCAGAUAAUGGCGCUUGACAAAGACUUGGAGUAUCCUAUCAUCAUAUCGGCUAAUAUACUGUACACUUCCCCCGACUCACAGGAAAUAAAUCAGGAAGAGGUCGUGCAAACUGUCUCCUAACGUGGUUAUUUAUUUUGCGUCUGCAUUUAUUUGUUAUGUACAGUAUUUGUUACGUAGUGGGUUAGUAGGUAUGGAGAGAUUUUGUGUUCUUGCAUGAGGGUGAGUUCAGUAAUUCCGUACAAAUUUAUUCACAAAUCAAACUUUAAUAUCAAAAUAUUGCAAUAUUUUUGAUAUUAUUGUUUACAGUUGAUGUGUUUUGUGAUUGCUAACAAAAAUAUCAAAUUCGAUUUACUAAUUUAAUACUGUUAUUUUUUUAAACGAGGAGAUUAAAUUAGGUAUUCUAGGCGUAGUACCUAUUUAGGAUUAUUUAAAAGCUUUAUAACAGUUACCAUUUGUUAAUUUUCUAAGUAAAAUAUUUAACAAACUUUCUACACCUAAUUUUAAGAUGUGAAAGUGCUCUUAUUAACACCUAGUCACUACGCUUGUCAUCUAAAUAAACGGUGGAUUAUAACAA